AUGAAUGCACACCCGAAAGACCUUGAGUUCCGGUCGAAGGUGAUGCGAUGGGGCCAGCGGAAGGGCAUCAGCCUCGACGUCCUCGACAGGCUCUUACUCUUGCCCAAGCCGGAGAUCGACUCCAUCCUUCAAGCGUACGUCCCGCCUGGCGACAGAGGGGACGGCGUGGCCCUCGAGGCCUCCGAGGACUCCACCUUCGACGUCGUCUUUGACGUGGCGCUGCACGGGGAUUCCCAGGAGACCAGGGCCGCCCAUGAGGAAAACGCAAGCUUCACGGUGCGCGUCCACCCGGACUGGGCGCCGUUGGGCGCGGCGCACUUCAGGAAGCUCGUGGAGCAGGGCUGGUACAACGACGCUGGUGUGUUCCGCGUGGUCGAGGGCUUCGUCGCGCAGUUUGGCCUGCCCGCCAGGCCGCAGCCGGACAUGCAGAAGAUCGCCGACGACAGGGUGCUUGGCGACGGCAUGGCCGUCGCCGACCGCUUCUUCAGCGGCUACGGGGAGAACCCGAGCCAGGGCAGGAUCAAGCGGGAGGGCAACGCGUACCUGGACAACUUCCCGAAGAUGACGAAGUUCACCAAGGUGUCCAUCAAGGGGCAGCCCGCCGAGCCGGAGGCCGAGAAGGCACCGCCGGCCCCGGCCCCGAGCGCCGCCCAGGCCGCGGCGCCGGGCGCCGGCCAGGCCGACGCGCGUGGCGGCGCGGCCGCCGCGGCCGCCGAGCAGGUGCCGGAGAAGGUGCCGGACGUGGCCGCGGUGGCGCCGCCGCCGCUGAAGAGCGGCGGCCGGUCGUGGCUGUGCGCCUCCGCCGCGCGCUGGGUGCUGGCUGGGUGGCUGCUGUGGCUGCUGUGA